AUGGAGAAAGGACCGAAAAUCCUUCUUGGGAUAGCGAUCUUCUCUUUUAUUCUCGGCUCUAGCUGUUUUGGAGUCGGCUUCUACUCAUCCCUACCUGAAGUGGAAUUCGAUCUGAUUUACCACGCUGAAGACUACCUGAUGGUUCAUUCUUCUAUUAUUGAGAACCGCACCAGUAUCCAAGAAUUUCUCAUGCCCGUCCGUAAUUUCACCCGUGAACAAGUUUUCAAACUUCGAAACAUCACCGGAAGCUCUAUUUUUCUACUCGUUUUGACGCUCUCCCUCUUUCUGACUACUGUCAUCUGUGUCACUAUCAUCAAGUUGUGUUGUAGAGGAAGCAACUCCCGAAUGACUGGCGAUGCUCAUCACAACAUCAAUCCUGUUGAAAUCUACGAAGGGUACGAACGAAUCAACCGCCGCAAUUCCGAAAAUGAAAUUCUUGAGAACGAAGCUGUCGCCAACCAAAUUGAUGAAGCUGUACUUCUAUCAUACCAGCAAUCUUCCAGAUACGGAAGAGAAAAGCGUAGAGGAUCGGAUACUGAAGAUCAUGUUUACGAGCACGUUAACUAUUGA